UCAUAUGUCAACUGGCUCAGACAACGGACAAACAGCGCGAUCGGUUAGCGGAGGGAAGUGAUAACUCUUUGACCAAAAGCUUCUCCGGCAUAAAAUAAGUAAUGAAGUAGAUAGUCGGACAGCUAAUCACACAUACCUGGAUCACAACAGACUGGCACUGCCACGGUGAAAGAUGGACAAGGAGUUUGAAGACAUAGACUCGGAGGGCCGGUGGCAAAAACUCUACCUAGAAAUUAGAAAUCAGUCCCAUGAGUGCUCCUACAAAGUGGCAAAGUGUCCAGAGAAUCGAAACCGAAACAGAUACAGAGAUGUCAGUCCAUUUGAUCACAGUCGGGUGAAGCUGAAGAGCACAGAAAAUGACUACAUCAAUGCAAGUCUGGUAGUAAUGGAGGAAGCCCAGAGAAGUUACAUAUUGACCCAGGGCCCCCUCAGGAACACAUGUGGUCACUUUUGGCUCAUGAUCUGGGAGCAGAAGUCCAAGGCAGUUGUCAUGCUCAACAGGGUCAUUGAGAAAGGCUCAGAAAAGUGUGCCCAGUACUGGCCCACAGCGGAGGAGAGGGAGAUGGCCUUCAGGGACACGCGCUUCUUGGUCACGCUGCUGUCAGAGGACACCAAGUCUUACUACACCACCAGAGUGUUGGAGCUGCAGAAUAUGAGUACGGGGGAGAAGAGAGAGAUCUACCACUUUCAUUACACCACGUGGCCGGAUUUUGGUGUCCCAGAGUCCCCGGCAUCCUUCCUAAACUUCCUCUUUAAAGUGCGUGAGUCGGGAGCGUUGGAAGUGGAUCACGGGCCGGCUGUGGUGCACUGCAGCGCCGGAAUUGGACGAUCAGGGACGUUUUCAUUAGUCGACACGUGUGUGGUCUUGAUGGAUAAGAGGAAAGACCCCUCAUCAGUAGACAUCAAAAGCAUCUUGUUGGACAUGAGGAAGUACCGCAUGGGCCUGAUCCAGACCCCAGACCAGCUGCGCUUCUCCUUCAUGGCUGUCCUCGAAGGAUCCAAGUCCAUCAUGGGAGACUCCUCUGUACAGAACCAAUGGCGAGAGUUGUCCAGGGAAGAUCAGGAGCCGACAUCGGACUCUCCCCCCUCAACGGAGCGAUACAACGGGAGCCAACGAGGAGGCCAGCUGGAGGAGGGAGGAGACUACAGACAAGAUGCCAAAGCACCAGCAACAUCUCCAUGCAAGGAGCAGGAGCAGGACGGCAGCACGACACACAAAAGACGCAGAGAAGACAGCAUUUCCAAAUCAGGCACAGCUAAGACACCCCAAAGCAAGCCCAGGACAAAUGAGUCUGAGAAGAAGAGAAAAAGGGCGAAAACCAGUGACUGCUAACCAGCUCCACCUGCAGCCACACACCGACAGCUCUGGCAGCAAAGCCAACAUCGGCAGGGAUCUCCAGCUCUCUCCCAACCUCUGUGUCCUUCUUCCUCGACUCCAAACCACUCUUCCUCACCUCCACCUCAACUGCCGCCUCUCUUUAUCACUUUUUUUUUAUUUUGUCCAAGUCACAGCACAUCUCCCUCUUUUUCCUCAUAUUAGCAGCACGUCACUCCUCAGCCCUCCACCUCACAGCUUUCUCGUGUCUCCUCAUCCUCUCUAAACUGUUUACAGCAGACACUUCAACAUUCUUUGAAGACAGCACAUUUGAAACGACGAACACACCAGCGCUUUCUCCCACAGUUGCACCUCAACCACAGCCUGCGCUGCUUACUGGAGUCAGAAAAUCUUUUUUUUUUUUCUUCUGCUUUAAAAAUAUUAUUUGCAGCUUUGUCACUCUAUUAUGCUUCUUUGCUUUUAUGAAAGUAAGACUGAUACUAGGAGCUAUGCAUUGCCAAUCUGUAAUGCUGUUCAUAUGUGUAUUUUUAGAAAAACCUUUUUUUCAGAGGCAAAAAAUAAAUAUGUUCUAUUUUUUAUAAGAGAUUACUUGAAGUUUUUCACGGAGAUGGGGGGUUGGUUAAAUGAAUAGUACGGCCUCCUCCCACAUGAGAAAUUCAGUGGCAUGUAAUGUUUCCAUGAUGUACAUAGUGUUCUUUUUAAAAAGGUGUGUAAAAAGACAUAUUUUUGCUUGUAAAAAAACACAAAACAAAAAGAUGGACGACAAUGUUACAGAUUUGAAUACAGUAGAAAACCUGAUUUGAUGACUUGUUCUCCUUUUGAAAUUAAAUUGUCUUAAGUUUCUCUUUCUCUUAGAGUGUAAUCUGCAAAUAAAACUGGUAUUAUCUAGUUUACAUAA